AUGACACCAUCUAAACGAGUGGGACCUCAUGAUGUAUUCAACGAGUCCAUACUCUCCUUUCUUCGCCGGCGGACAUCCAAGAAAGUGCCUGCAGAGCCCCCAAAUUCACCAGACACGGUGAUGAACGAGAAGAGCUUGAUGAUUUCGGAGGGGAACGCAUAUCUGAAUCAAGCUUGGGGGCUCCUGGAAGGAAACCAGGACAGGCUGGAUAGCGCGCUGAGAGAUAAACUUUGGGAACGGGCGAAUGAAGUGACUCGUUCUGCGCCUGUUUUGGGCAAGCUGUCGAAAAAGUCGCGUCUUUCACCAGCGGUCUUCGUCAAGGAUGCCCGUAGUUUGCUUGAGGAAAUACAGAACGCCCUGGAGACAGGCGCUGCGCCCCCUUUUUUUCCUCCGACACCACGGUCGCCCUCACCCACAGAAAAGUACAAAAGUUCCCCAAAAGUAGCGUUUACUGGAGUGCCUUUGUCACCACUGGGCCCACAGGUACCUAAAACCCGCGCUACAGAGUUGACACGGCACGAGAGCUUGAAGCCUAAAUCACACAAUGGAGCUGCAAAGUACCAAAAUUCGAAUAGCAGUUGGACAGCACCCCCAACUAAUAGAUCUGAGCCAAGAGGCCGGAGUAAGAGCCAGGAUCGUGUAGAGCCUCCUCCACGCUCGCAGCAUCUUCGUCACAAAUCUGACAUGACAUGGUAUAACGACCGUCAACGACGUACAUCACCGCAGCGUGAACGUUCUCCGCGACGAGACCCCUCGCCUCUCAGACCAUCACGAACGGAGCCCUCCCCCCGAUGGAAGCCGUCAACGAGGGACCCCUCACCAACGCGGAGGAAGGACGGAUCACCGCGAAGAAGAGACCCAUCACCACGACGUAGAGAACCAUCACCUCGAAGAAGAGACCCAUCACCACGACGAAAAGAACCCUCUCCACGAAGGAGACCGGCAUCACCUCCCCCAUCUCAACCACGAAGACCAAUUUCACCCCUUCCAGCUCCAUCUCCAAUAGCACCAGCAGCAUCAUCAUCAUCCAGACGACUCCGCCUCCCACUUUCCCGCUCACCCUCACGACCACCCAGACCCGAGUCCCCACGGCGCGUAGUAGCCGAAGACGCACCCCUCUCUGCUCUUCCUCAAAUCCCUGCCACAAGAUGGUCACCACCUACCAUCGUUGAGUUUGGACGGAGAUCGCCUUCGCCGCCUCCCAAGUUUAUUCCUCCGCCGACGACGAUGCGCAGGAAGGAACGGGAGGCGAGGUAUAGGGAUGAGUAUGAUCGGGAGAAGGAGAGGGAGUAUAGGUCGAGGAGGGGGUAUGAGAGUGGGAGGGAGAGGGAUAGGGAGAGGGAGAGAGGGUAUGAUGGACGGGAGAGGGACAAGGAUAGGGAUAUGGACAGGGGGUAUGAUGAGAGGGACAGGGAGAGAAGGUAUGAUGAAAGGGAUAUGAGGGGGCACGAUGGGAGGGAGAGGGAUAAGUACAGAGGAUAUCGUUCGGACCGGGAUAGGGAUAGGGAUAGAGAGAGGGAUAAAGACAGAGAGAGGGAACGCCCGCGAGAUCCAGAACGAGAGCGGGAUAGAGACAGGGAUAGGGAGAAAGGCAGGGACCGGGAUAAGGACAGGGGCAGAGACAGAGACAGAGAUAGGGAAAGGGAACGAGAAUGGCCAGAGAAAGAGCGCGACAGAGAAAGAGAUCGAGACAGAGGGAGGGAAGACAGGGACAGGGACAAAGGAAGAGAUAGAAACAGAGACAGAGAACGAGACAAGGCAAGAGAGGGAGGCGGCGACAGGAAACGAGAGGAAGGAGACAGGGAGAAGGAACGGGAUCGAGAAAGGGCGAGGUACGAUGAUCGAUCCCACCACAGGAGGGGAUUUUCGCCGCCGCCCUCAGCCCCGUUGUCCUCACAUCGCGGAUACGGGGGUGGUGGGCACGGAUAUUCCUCUUCUCGCCUUCACCUGCAGGCUCCUGAGCCGCGGCAUGGCAAUGGGUCCAGAUUUCUGGAGGUGUUUUCUCCACCUGAUAUGCCGGUUGUCACUUUGCCUUCCAGGUAG